AUGAAGACGUGUCAAGGCUCCAAGGACUUUAGAGAAGAGGUUCUUGUAUAUUAUGUGGAUGAUUUUGAAAACUUUAGGAAGCGCGCCAAGAAUGAGUACCCCAGCCUAGAUUUUUUCAAGUUUGUUUUAGGGAAGGAUCUGGCAACUGUUGUUAGAAAGGAUCAAAAGGAGGAAGGUGGAGAAGAGAAAGGAUCAAAAGGAGGAAGGUGGAGAAGAGGUGGGCAGCAAUCCCCUAAGGAUAAGGGGAAAGAAAUAGUUAAGGGGAAAACCGAUCUGGAAAAGGAGACUAUGGGGGAUACUGCUGACAAAGCUGAGGAGGGGAAGGCUGAUCAAGUAGCCAAGGAGACCAUGGAAGGCGCUGAUCAAGCCAAGGAGACCUAG